AUGGGGACAGAGCGCACAAGAACUGAUUUCAGAAAUGAAAACGAGGACAAACAUUCAGUCCCGCCAGGUUUUCCAUCUCUGACAUCCUUUAGGUUGAAGAAGGUAGAAAAUAGUGAACAAAACUGUAAUUCUGCGCCAUCUAUGAGUGCAUCCAAAGGAAAGACAAUCCGGAUGGAUGCCACCACUGACACGAUUGAUGUUGCAACAUUAAAGAGAUCUUGUCAACAUCGACCAAGCAUGCUCCAUGACCAGAAAAAUCACAACAAAGUGGAAUCAGACUAUGAACAAGUUGACAUGGAUCUUUCUUCAAAAACCUGCCUUCCAAAAGGGGUUGCUCGCGGAUGUCCAGAUUGUGGUAAUUGUCUAAAGGUAACAGCAAGGUGGCGUCCUGAGGAUGCAAGAAAAGAUGUCCUUGAAGAGGUUCCUGUUUUCCACCCAACUGAAGAGGAAUUCAGAGAUACGCUGAAGUAUAUUGCAAGUAUACGUUUAAGAGCAGAGGGAUAUGGAAUUUGCCGUAUUGUACCUCCUCCUUCAUGGCAUCCACCUUGCCUUAUUAAGGAAAAGAACAUUUGGGAAACUGCUCCAUUUGUGACACAAAUUCAACGGAUAGAUGGUCUUCAAGAUGAGCAUAUACAGAGUAAAAUGGCUAGAAUUUGUGAGCAUGUAAGCUGUAAGAGAAAUAGCUUUGCAAUGGAUACGGAGCAUGAAGUUGCUAAAGGAUGCAGCGUGAAUGCUGCUGAAGUUGGAUGCUGUAACAAUGAUGGCUUUACAUCUGAAUCUGAUCCAAAAUUUACUCUUGAAUCUUUCAAUAAAUAUGCCGAUGAUUUUAAAAACCAGUAUUUUUGCGCUAGUAAGGCUGCGUUUUCAAAUUUGGAUCCGGAUGGGCACUCAAAGCAGUGGGAACCAUCACUGGAGGAUAUCGAGGGUGAGUAUAGACGAAUUGUUGAGAAUCCAACUGAAGAAAUUGAGGUGCUUUAUGGUAGCAACCUGGACACAAGAGUUUUUGGCAGUGGAUUUCCCACCAAAUCCAAUAUUUCAAAAAUGGACGAAUAUCUGGAUUCUGGCUGGAACUUAAAUAAUACACCUAGGCUAUCAGGUUCUCUUCUGUCUUUUGAAAGCAACAAAACUUGUGGUAUUCUGGUGCCUCGACUGAAUAAAGUUGAAGAGCAUCACUUGUACUCACUCUGUUACAUGCACUUGGGUGCCCCAAAAAUAUGGUAUGGCGUCCCAGGUCAAUAUGCUGUUAAAUUUAAAGCUGCUAUGAAGAAGUACCUUCCAGAUUUGUUAGCGGAACAUCCUACAUUGCAUGAUAGGGUGAUCGCAAAACUAUCCACGUCUGCAUUGAAGUCUGAAGGUAUACCUGUUUAUCGUUGCAUUCAGCAUCCUCGAGAGUUUGUUCUUGUCCUUCCAGGAGCAUAUUAUUCAGGAUUUGAUAGUGGCUUUAAUUUCUCUGAGGUUGUAAAUGUUGCUCCACUCGACUGGUUGCCACACGGGCAGCAUGUUGUAGAAGUCUACUCUGAACAGGGGAGGAAGACAUCAGUUUCCCAUGACAAGUUGUUGUUGAGCGCAGCUAAGGAAGCUGUGAGGGCACAAUGGGAAAUUUCACUCUUGAGGAAGAACAACUUAGAUAAUUUAAAAUGGAAAAAUGCCUCUGGAAAGGAUGGGAUUUUAGCAAAAGCACUAAAGGCAGGCCUUUCAAUUCUUACACGCCUGAAGAUGGAAGACAAUAGAAGGAAAUAUCUUUGUGCCCCUUCACAGUCACAGAAAAUGGACAAAAACUUUGAUGCUGUCAGCAAAAGGGAAUGCAGCAUAUGCUUCUAUGAUUUACACCUUUCUGCAGCACGUUGUUCACGCUCUGUGGACCGAUACUCUUGUCUAAAUCAUGCAAAACAGCUAUGUUCCUGUGCUUGGAGUGAAAAGAUCUUUCUAUUUCGUUAUGAAAUCAGCGAGUUGAAUAUUCUUAUUGAAGCCUUGGAAGGAAAACUAAGUGCCGUCUACAGGUGGGCCAGGGAGGAGCUUAAACUGUCAUUGCACUCCUAUGUCUCCAAAGAUGGUUCACAACCAUCCAACCAUGUCAGCAGCCCAAAAUUGCAAUCAGAAGAAUCAAAAGAGAAAAAACACCAACCACCUCUUGUUGCAACACCCUAUGGUUUUGAGAGGAGUACUGUUUCUAGCAUAAAGGAAGAAGUGAAGGCACGAAUGCUCCAACAAAGAUCCUUGAAUGAGCAAAAUGCAAAGGAGAACUCAAAAGCGUCUACAUUUGUUAAAAGAGAACAAAAGCCAACGGAGAGCUCAAAAAAAGUGUCUGCAUUUGUUGCAAGUGCUGCUAUGGAUCAUGCUCCUUUAAUAUCGACAUGUGAAGUUUCAUCUGAAAGUACAAGCUCGUCAAGUUCCUCAGAUUUGGGGGAUCUGGGAUGUUAG